GGAUCAAAACGGCGUCGGUUGCAAAUAUUGCAAAACCCUAGGAGGCCUAGAAACUCAGUGAUAUAUAAUAGAUAGAGCGUUACAAUUUAUUGCUGAAGGGGGAAAGGCGGGUGCGCAGACGGAAGCGAAGAAGGCGAUAAAAAAUGUCGAAGCGAGGAAGGGGAGGAUCGGCCGGAAACAAGUUCCGCAUGUCGCUGGGUCUUCCGGUGGCGGCGACGGUGAACUGCGCUGACAACACUGGAGCGAAGAAUCUCUACAUCAUAUCAGUGAAAGGAAUCAAAGGUCGCCUCAACCGUUUGCCGUCGGCUUGCGUCGGAGACAUGGUGAUGGCUACAGUGAAGAAAGGAAAACCUGAUCUCAGGAAGAAGGUGAUGCCUGCUGUCAUUGUUAGGCAGAGAAAGCCUUGGCGCAGAAAGGACGGUGUUUUCAUGUAUUUUGAAGAUAACGCUGGUGUUAUUGUCAAUCCCAAGGGAGAAAUGAAAGGAUCCGCCAUCACUGGACCCAUCGGCAAGGAAUGUGCUGAUUUGUGGCCAAGAAUUGCCAGUGCUGCCAAUGCCAUCGUCUGAAUGGAGAUUGGUUUUUGAUAUGUCGUGGCUUCAGAACUUGAUGCUGUCUUCAGAAUGUUAUUACCUUUAUGUUCAGACAGAAUUAAAUGGAAUGGAGGACCUUCAUGAGCCCUGUCUAUGUUUUUGAUAAAUUGCAGAUGUUUAAGUUUUGAUCGAUUGCUUUGCUACAA